AUGGUUUUUGUGACCAUUCGGGUGCUCGGCGGUUAUUUGGGAGCACUUGGAAUCCGUGACGAGUGUGCCACAAACAGGCCAAGUGGACACACUCCGCACAACUUUUCUGGGCUCCUCGAGCAGCCGCACGAGUCUCCUCCUCAUGCACGGUAACACGCACUCGACAAACACGGCUGGUAUCGAGGCCCGAUCUGCCGCCACGUCUACAGACGGCGCUCUCAUCUGCCGCCGACGUCUCCAGAGAUUCCGCCGCAAUCAUCGUGCCAUCGGAUAAACGCGAUUUGCUGCUGCCGCUCGUUUCGUCGCGUUCGUCAACCCCCGCUGACGUCUCUCUUUUGCCGGAGCACUUGUUACCAACUUGCCUACUUUCUCACUUUCCUUUUUUCUUGUUCUUAUUACUUGAUUUUUCGAGUUUAUCAGCCACAAACGGCCGGUGUGGACUUCUUUGCCAGCAUAUCAUCGAAAAGUGUAGCCAUUUUUCAACUCACUUUGUGCAUCGAAAGUAAAAAUUUAUGAUGGGAAAAAGGUUGUGAGUCCAUUCUUGAUUCCAGAAGCCCGCCUAUCUUAAAACCACUCAGAAUAGUUUUUGGCGAUGUUAUUUUCCUUCUUUUUCCAAACUCUUUAUCUGUUGUUUUUGAACUCAUUUGUUUGGUCUGGCAUCUCUUUUUGUUCAAAUGGAUCAGGAGGCAAAAAAUAGACUUUCUUUAGUUUUCUAUUAUUUUAUUCAGUCUGUACCUUUUAAAAACUCUAAAUCUUCACGACACGGUCCAACUCGGCCUGUCCACUAAUUAACGGCCAAUGGUCCUGGAAACAAGGCGUUUUUGCCGCCCAGAAGCGGAAAAAAGAAGCAAGGACAAACAGAGGACAGAUUAUUUAUCGAAUAAUCAGUCCGGUCUUUCGAGUGUCUUCCUCCUCUCCAAUUCCACUUGGCUCGGCGCCUCGUCGCCGUAUCUUUUUCCGCAUCCCGAACUUUAUGAAACAAAAAAAAAACGGUCAUGAGAUCUUACUUGUUUGUUUCCCACGUUUUUUUGCCGCCGAAAGCUACUUAAGUUUUCCCUCCGAGUAAACUUGCGUUUGCCGCUUCGUACAGCUUUUCUUCUCUUCGGCUUCAUAUAUAGUCUUGAAACCGCUUGAAGGAGUUGCGAUUUUUCUGUUUCCGUUAGGAAGAGCGAAGCCGACCAGGCAAGGUUAUCUCAAAAGCUUUCUGUUCUGAUAUUUCCGUUUCUGAAAAAAAAUUGUUCGCAUUUCAACCCAUUUGAAAAAAAAUAUCAUCACUGCUCUGAUAUUUGUGUAAGAAAUUUAAAAAAAACGCCGUAUUUUUUCGAAUAAGAUUUCUGUCUUUUCGAUCAUUUUUGAGACCUUUGAAAAAUAUUUCAAUUUUUGAGAGGGUGUUGAGAGGAUUGAAAUUAUUUAUAAAAUUUUUCUCUUGUUUGCUUUUAUUUUUUUCUAAUCUUCAGAACCAUAUAUUGCUAAUUUUUUUCUAAUUUUUUUCUAAAAAAAGAUAAGAAAAAAAGUUACAUGAAACCUCGCUCUUUUUCUUUUUAUAUAUUCAAAGUUUUGAUUCGUUUCAGACUUUAUUUUUGGCUUCUGCUAAUAUACAAUGUGUAAUCGAAAAAUUGCGGUAGCGAGUAUAUAAUAAUAUAGAUAAUAUAUAACUUUUUCAGUUGGCGAUAUUUUUUUUUGAAAAAAAAGUUCGAAGAUUUGACAGUUAACGGAGGAUUAAUCACCAAAACGUACCAGUUAUUUUUUAAUGUUCCAAUAAAUUUUUUUCGCGUUUUAUAUUUUCGAGCCCUUUCUUUUUGUUAGAAGCCUGGAACAUGAAGUUGGAAAAGUUGCGGAACGGCAAAAAACGGGCGAUGACAGGGAAGAGCCGCCCGCUGAGUGAUGAGUCUCUGCGCGGGUCUGUUUCCACAAGGAUUAAGGUCACGUUGGAGGUUGAAAGGAGCCGCGGCGGCUCUUCUCCAUUACCGAGCCUAUCGAUAGCUCUUUAUCCUUCCGUCCAUCAUCCUAAUUGCUCAGCUCCUCGUAAAUUUGUAAUCUGCGACCCGCCAGACGUUUUUUGUUCUUUUUUUGCCAGUGUAGGCAAAGGUAGUGAAGUGCUUUUUCGAUUUUCCAAGUUGCAAUGAGUAGGAGGAAUAAAUUAAAUAAGUGCCCACUUCUGUAAGUUUUCUCCAUCAAUUUAGAUGAUUUUGAUUGAAUACGUACUUUGAAAUAGUGAUUGUCUAGCUAGAACUAGCUAGGCAAAAAUUUUCUGAGUUCGAAUGUCCAUAUUUCGAUUUUCUAUUGAUAACUUUUCGAGUUCUUGUGGAAGAGUGGCCAGAAAAUAUUCAGAAAAAGCUCACCCGAUAUUUUUUUUCUUCCCAAUCAAAAAAGAUUGUGUUCUAAGAUUCGUGGUCUUUUUUGAUCUUUGACCCAAAUUGAUAGACCAAAAGAAAUUUUUUCAAAAGUCGGUUUUUCUAUUUCUCCUUUUUACAGUAAAAUAAGUUUCUAAAGAACAUUUUUUCUUUAUUAUCAAAUUUUGAUCCGUGACUCUAUUUUUUUGCGUCUUGAUGUUGUUUCAAAAAUAAAUUUUUUUGCUUUUUUUCAAGUAUAUUUUUCAUGUUUGAAAUUUCCGUAUUUAUAGUUUAUCAUGCCUUUAGAAAUUCUAGAAAAAAAAACCUACUUCAAACUUUUGUUCAAAUCUGCAUUAAUUUGACCUGAGAAAACCGAACUGAGAGUACUGUAUCCACGUAAAAGUUGUCUUAGGUUUCGGUUUUGUGUCGCUGUGAUGUUCGACCGACACUUGUGUGCUUUUCAGAUUAUUUUAACCCGCUUUCGCCACGGAAUAUAAAAAAAUUUCUCAGUGUGUAAUUGCACCUUUUACGAAUCCAUUAUGAGCAAAGUUUGUUCACUCCACUUCAUCCAAUUAUGGUCUUUUUGAACGCUUUCACUUAUUUUUAUGGAUACGUAUUUCUCGUUAAGAUAAUCGCGUUUUUCUUUUCUGAUUCCGUCGGAAAUUUCCGUCAUAAUUAAGAGUAUCGGUUCGGCGCGGCGCGGCUCCCUUUGUACUUGAGACUCUUGGAAAACAAAGAAUGUGUUUGUUGUGCCAAUUUUUCCCAGAUUGGCGGAAAGACACCGCCGAGUGUGCGAGUUCGCACCUCGGCGCGACUGGGAACUCGGCACGUGGCGAGUUCUCAGGCCUCCGGUGCCAACUGCUUGGGCCGGCCCAACUCGGCUGGGAAUCUGGCUCGGACCGCCUUUCUCUGUGUCGUAUAAAAGCCACGUUCCGCGUUCUCUUCUAACUCGGCUUCCGAAUGUCUCUUCUGACCCAGAUGCUGCUUCUCCUGAUUCUGCUCCCGACUGUCGCCGGUUUCUGGCUGACCGUCGAGCUGAAAGACGUACAAUGGCGCGAAGGCUGCAUCACGACGUCGCUCUGCUCCAAGCCGCACUUCCAGGUAACCGUCUACCUGUUUAUAGCGGUCCAUUUCCGGAUUCCAGGUCAACGAAGACCUCCUCUCGACCAGCGGCAAGCAAAUGUCCAACUGGCCUAUCACCGAGCAUUUCCUCAAGGUGAGUCUUUCUUUCUUUAUUUAUUUUUUCGUCACGCUUUUUGCUCUUUCCUAUUUAAAUUCUUCAUUUGGUUUGCAAAAAAAGUCUUUUUCUUGAAGAAGUCUUUAAUUUUUUUAUUGCGUCUUAGAUUUUUCUGAAUCCUAUUCAAUUCAUGAAAAAUAUUGGUUGACGAAUAUUUCAUCCAGUACUUUUGUGGACUUGAGCUGCGAGUUUUCAGGAAUUGGUCCAUCCAGUGACGACUCACUGGCCUUCAGGACGCGUAGAAGACGUUUCUCUCUCUUGCCAAGUGAUGGGAAUCGACAGGACCUACGGGUUUCCUCGAAUCUGCGACCAGACGCCGUCGAUUCGCGUCUUUGCCGAGAAGCAGCGUCAAAUCGUUAGUGAUUUUCUUUUUCUUUCCGAACUAUUCUCACACUCAAUCUGCUCAAGUCAAUGCUUGUCUGUAGGGCGACUUUGGCGAAAAGGCGAUUUCUUCCCUGGAAGAGAACGGCGAGACGACGAUCGUGGUCAAGGGAAAGUGUUUCAACGCGACUCUCAGCGUCCAGAAGUUCGUGGAACGCUGUCCUUGGUGUCCAGAUCCCAACCAGGUCGCCAUCAUCGGCCAGGAGGUACUUUUCUUUCCUUCCCUUGGAUUUCCCUUUUCUUUUCGUUUCUCAUCUUCCUGUUUCAGCCUGUGGAGCAGUUCCCGACGCUGCAGAACUCGCUUCUGGAGUCCAUCAUCUCUGCCGACCAGCGGAUCGUCCAUCUCGGGGUCCUCGUCCUUGCCGUCGUCGCCGUUCUCUCUUCUGCCUGCUUCGCCUUCAUCCUCGUUCUGUACCUCCGUCAGAAACGGUCAGCUUCGUUUUUAAACUCUUCUAGAGACUGGAAAUCGCUUGUAAAGCUUCUGACUGUUAAAGGCUUGAGAAAAUUAGAAAACAUUCCUUUAGCUUAGUUUGGUGGCAUUUAUUCUCGAUUUUCUCUCAUUUUCCAUCUUGAACUUCUGUUCUUUUCAGAGUGAACCGUGAGAUUUCGGCCAAGCCUCGCUUCUUCCCUUACAUCACUGGAAAAGCUGCCGACGAGGAGAACAGGUAGAUCGUUCGAGUCCGUAAUUCCUUUCAAUCGCAACCUUUUCAGAUACGACAUGCCGUGGGACCAGACGCGUCCUCUCACUUACUGGCUCUCCAACAAGAGCGACUCCACCAUGACGUCCCCUCUCAACUCGGCUUCUUCCAUCGGCGCCGGCGACAUCGUCUGCUCUCGGGACGGCUACCAGACAUACCGGCCUCCAUGCCCACAGACCAGGAUAUACCAACACCUUUCUCCCAACGAACCCAUCAUGCGACACGACGACUCAGGUCUCGAGUCUGUUUGA